AUGUCCGACUCUGCCCAACUCUCCGAUUUGGAUCCCGCGAUUGGCGGCGGUCUAACGAAUUUCCUCCGUCUCCCGGGCGAAAUUCGAAACACCAUCUACGAAUUUACUUUACUUGAUUCUCUUCCUAUCAGACCUUUUUUCGGACGUAACUUCCGAAUAUCAAUGGCACUCUUUCGCGUCAGCAAGACAAUCCACCAGGAAGCUACUCAAUUCUUCUACAGCCAUAAUGUCUUUGACUUUUCUGGAUAUAGUCUUGCCAGCCAAGUUUUCUUCCUCGACCAGAUUGGCGUACGUAACGCAAGCUAUAUUCGACAUCUCAUCAUCGACUUCCCAGGCUUCCUUGGUCUACUUUCCAUUGUUGCUCUCGACGAGCAAAGCCUUGGCAUCCUCGAAAGCAUCUCGACAAGUUGCACUGGAUUAAGUACGCUUAGGGCGUCUUUGGAUAGCACAACCUACAUGGAAAUCAUAUUCAGCUAUCCAUCCGUGUACAACAUUGCCACUGAAGCCCUGCAGCUUGUCAACGCUCACUUUCGGGCUCUUCCGUCUCGACCAGAGGUCAUUCUUGAGGUAUUCGGGCACGCACCUAGUGACUCUCUCAGAACGGUGAUGGAGAGUCAAGGAUGGACACUCAAGAAAGAGACAUGUCCUAUUGGGGACUAG